AUGGCUGGCCUGUUACAGCGACUCAUAGAGCUCGGCGAAGAACGCCCUGCGGCAGGCCGCCUAUCGACCUCGUCGGGCGUCAAUGGGAACGCAACGAGGGAAGAGCUGACCGCGGAGCUGUCGCAGCUGCGUGCGCAGUGGGUGGAGCAGAAGAGCAGGUAUGAUGAGUUGUUUGCCGACGCAGCUGCGCUGCGCUCGGAGUAUGAUGCCUUCCGCCGCACCGCCGAACGGGAAAAGCGUCUGAUGGCGCAGCAACGCGCUGACGACAAGCGCAUGCUGGAGGAGUUGCGCCGCGCGGGCGCAUCGGGGAAGAUGAACGAGGUUUACGCGGCGCAGACGGAGGCCAAGCUGGCCGACCUGCAGGCCCGGCUCCAGAAGGCGGUAGAAGGCGAGAAGAAGGCGUACAAGCGGCAGCUCGAGGCCGAGCAGGCGCGGUUGGCGGCGGAGGCCUCCAAGAAGGAGGAUGUGCAGGGGUUGUGCCAAAAUUUCGAGCGCUUCAAGGAGGUCAUGCGGCAGCGCAACGAGGAGUUGGAGCGGCAGCUCCUAGAGGCGCGUGCGGCGGGGGAGGCACCGCCUGAAAAAAAAGGGGUGCCUGCGCCAAACUCUACCGCCGUUGCGGACUCGCACGGGGACGACGACACCGCGGCCGCCACGAGUGAAUCGCCGCCGCAGGUGCAGGCCUUCUUGGCGUCGGCGUUGCAGCGCGAGAAGCAGAUGCGGGCGGAGCUCGUGGCGGAGCAGGAGCGCACUCAGCGUCGACUGGAGGGUGCGGCGUGGGAGCACAUGGAGGCGGAACGGAAGAUAGCCGAGCUCAAGAUGGAGGUGGACACAUGGCGCUCAAAAGCGGCGCAGCUAGCGAACACCAUUGAGGCCCAGGCGGAGGAACACGGACUGCGGGAGAAGGAUUACCAACUCGUCAUACGGCAGAACGAGGACAAUGCUGCACGCCUGGAGCGAGAAUUGCAGGAGGCAAAGCAACUCGCAGAAAGUAGGCGCCAGGAGUGGGAGCAGGCGUUGGCCCGCGAGCGGGAGAUUGAGGCGAGGCACACGGCGGUGUCCGGCGACGCGGAGUGCCUCAAAAAGACUGCCAGUGAGGCACUGGAGGAGCAGCGUGUGCGCUUCGAGGAACUGCUGCGGGAGCGGGAAGGGCUGCUGCAGGAGCAGCAGGCUGCCUGCCGUGCGUUGGAGGCGACCCUGCAGCAGGUGCGUGAGGAUAAGCGUAAGCAGGCGGAGCGCCUUGAGGAUCUUCGCCAGGAGUUGGAGCAGGCCCAGCUCUUGAGUAGUGAGAUGGAGCUCAUGCAGGUGCAGAGUCAACGCCUCAUUGUCCUCCGUGAGGAGGAAUUGAUGUCAAAGGAGGCGGAGCGGCAAAAGCUGCGGCGGCGGUUGCGCGAGGAGGAGGAGGCGCACGAGCGCGCGCGUGAGCGUAUCCGCGAGCUAGAGCUGCACUACGGUGAGGCCGAGCUCCUUCGCUUCAGACAGGCGCCCGUUGCGGAGGAGACGGCGGAGGGGGCCGCCGCACUUGAGCGGGCCUGCAGCUCUGCGGAGGCUAGGGCAGCUGCGCAGGAAGCGGAGCUGCAGCGCAGGGACCAAACCAUACGGCAGCUGCAGGUCCAGCUCGAUGAGUUGAUCGCACAGAACGCAAAGUUUGCCUUUUACCGCGAGGAGCAAGCCGCGAAGACGCGUCGGUUUGAGGCUCGCAUUCACGAGCUGGAGGCGGAACGCUCUGCGGUGAGGCUUCAACACUUGCAGGCAGAAAAUGCCUCUGACGCAGAGCGGCCCCACACCUCGCGCCCGGCGACGGCGGAGGGCACAUUUGGUGCCGCCGCUACGCCCUCGUUCGAGGCGUUGUAUGCGGCGCCAUCCGAGCGUUCUCGGCAGCAGUUUGUCUCCCAGGCAGUCCUGUCCGCGAAAAAAUUGCGGUUCUCCGCCUCUUCACGUCUUCGCCGGCUCAUCGUAGUUUCUCUGGCGUGCACUGUUUUUGUGCUUUUGGCCACCACUUACUUUGCAGCCCCCUCCAACACGCAGGCCGUGGAGGGCACGGAGGCGGCGAUGGAGGCGCUUAGGGGGCGAUACACGGCGGCCUCUGCGGCGCUGCGGCAGUGCCAGGCCCUCCUCUCGGAACGCCGCGGUAAAUAA